ACACACACGUGCACACUGAGUUUUAUUUGUUCAUCAGAGAAGGCGUGGCAUAGGAUUUAAGUUAAAUUAGCUAUAGGGUUCAGGUAUCAAGUGAGUGAGUAAAAUGAGCCAGUUUGAAGCAAUAGAUAUUGAUUGAUUGAUACAUUAUAACCUCUUUUCAAAGGAAGAUCCAUGGCACUGUAGAAUCUUGCCUUCAGUUAUACAGUGUAAAUAAGAUUGCCGUAUGUGAUAUUUAAAUAGUUAAGAAAUUAGACCAGAACUGAAAGAAAGGGUUUCCUGUAUAAUCUGCUGUCAUUAGACAAAUUAAGUGAUUGUUCCAUUCUGCAGGUAUAGUAAGGUUGUGUUUAAUUAAUUAAUUAAUUUAAUAUUUAUUCAUCUUAACUAUGUGUAAAGCUUGACUUUAGACAUUGGAUACAGAGCAUCAGAAAGUUUUCCUUCACUUAUAGAGUUCACAGUCUAAGACAGAUUUGAAUACUAAAUUUCUUAUUCAGUAAGUGUUUCUAGUAAAAAGCUUAUAAUAUGGAGUCUAAUGACUUAAGUUCUUAUUCUGCUACUUUUUAUUUAUUCAUUCAGUUAACAUUAGUUAUAAAUGCUUAUUAUAUAUCCCAGAAAUGUAGAGAUUAGUAAGAUAUAACCUUGCCUUAAAAAUUCAUUCUCUUCAGGGGUGCCUGAGAAGCUCAGUUGGUUGAGUGUCCGACUUCGGCUUAGGUCAUGAUCUUGCAGUUCGUGGGUUUGAGCCCCACGUUGGGCUCUGUGCUGGAGAACUCAGAGCCUGGAGCCUGCUUCAGUGUCUCCCUCUCUAUCUGCCCCUCCCUCGCUUGCUCUCUCUCUCUCUCUCUCUCUCUCUCUCUAUUUCAAAAUAAUAAACAUUAAAAAAAUUCAUUCUCUUCAGGAGUAUUAAACAGGCAAUAACUAGCUAUCAUACAGUGUGAUAGAUAACUGCUAUGAUUAAAUUAUGUGUCAAAUUCUAUAAGAGAAGUAGAUUCCUCUAGCUGUGCAGGAUGCAAGAAGCUAUCUCAAAGAGCUGAUAUUUGAGCUGGGACUUGAAGAAUGAGUAGAAAUUAGUUGGGAACAGAGGAAUCAACAUGAACAGAGGAUUAGUUAAUCUAUGUUAAUAGGUUCUGCAUGAACCCACAGUAUAGAGUGAUCUGCAUGAAAACACAGAAACAUGAGUGAGUAGUGUAUUUGGAGAAUGGUGAAGUAUUGUUUAGUUUGGUUAAAACACAAGGUAUGUUGUGGAAGGAGUGGAAAGAGAAAAAGCUACACAUGUAGGUUGGGGCAGAUUGUGAGAGGUCUUAUAUACUGGGCAAAGGUUUUAGGUUUAUAUAUGAGAGGUAUUUGGGACCUGUGGAAGGUUUUUAAGCAAGCAAACAUGCUUAGUUUGCAUUUUACAAAGACAGUUGAUAGAAAAUAGGAUGAGGUAGAAAUUGAGGCUGGAGGUGCGUAUACUAAUUUGAAAACUGUUCGUAAUAGAAAUGAGUAAGAUAAUGAGGAUCUGUUAUAGGGAGGUAGUAGUGACUUUAGAACAACACAGGGGAUGGAUUCAAAAUAUAGUUCAGAGGUUUGAGUUGAUGGGAUUUAGUGACUGAUGAAUGAAGAGAGAGGGCAUCCAGGAAGAUUUUAAAAUUUUGUCUUUGACAUCUGUAUAGAUAAAUAGUGAUGCUAUUAUCUUUGAAAGUAAAAGCAAUAUGAUUUGGAAGAAGUUAUGAAUUUGGUUUUGUAACGUUGAGUUUGGAGGAAUAAAUCUAAAGGAAUGUUGGAGGUGCUUAAGUUGCAGGUGGAGGAAAUGCCUCUCCAAGAGAAGAGAAGAAUUAGGAGAGAGGUAGUAAGUGUUAGGUAUAUCUCAGCCUGUUAUUUAUAGAAUAUGAGACAUAGAAUUAUUUUCUGAUUUGGAAAUGAGCAAUGUUUUAGUUAUCUUAAAUUCUAAUUUCGUAGUGCAAAAAUCACAACAAUUAUGUAUAUUAUAGGCCAAUAAUAUUAAUUAAAAUUUAUUGAGUGCUUGCUAUGAAGCUUAGCUAAAAUGCUAAGCAUUUUACAUUCAUCAUCCUUUAAUCUCAUAGCAGUGUGACUUAAAUAUUACUAUUAUCUGGAUUUUCAGAAGGGUAUCUUGACCAAGAUUUUAUAAGUGGCCGAAUGGGUUUUCAAACAAAUGUCAGUGUGACUUUACAGCCCAGGCUCUUAACCACUAUGCUAUUUGUAUGUCUUGUAGAACAUGAGAGCUGAAAUGGAUCUAAAGACAUCUAGCCCUACCCUAUAAUUAAAUAUAUGUCAUAGCUGAAAUCUGUAAUUUUGGUUAAGAUUACCUAUUCAGUUUACUUAAUAAAAAGCUUACCCACCAACCAUUCAUUACUCCUGUUGUCCUUGUGGCAGAUCCUUCUGUGUGUGUGUGUGUGUGUGUGUGUGUGUGUGUGUGGUGUGGGUAGGCUGACCCCUCUGCCAUGUGAGUUGCCUUAUCAGUCUGGGUCAAUCUUGUUUGUCCCAUUUUUUGUGCUAGUUAAUUAAGAGAUGAGCAUGUGACUUCUGUCUGGCCAGUGAAACAUGAGGGGAGGCUUGAUGAGGAGCUUCUGGGAAAGGUCCUUAGCCUUGCAUUUCUGGAUGUUAUCCAUAUAAGUGGGUGCUUAGAAUUCUGAAAGCUACUUUGUAACCAUAUGAGGGCUAGUUGAGUGUAAAAUCAAAACACUACAUAGCAGAGUGAAAAGAUGGAGAGAACCUGGAUCCUUAGUGAUAUUUUUGAGCUGUUAAAUUACCCAAUUCUAAAGCCACCCUAAGUCUUAUGUGAAAUUGGAGGAAGUUUAUUAGGCCACUUUAAAUUGGAUUUUUUUUUUUUUCAUAUUUACCAAUGAAAGGAACUGAACUAUGGUCUAAAGUAUCUACCCUUCACCUGAAGUACAAAAAAAGCCAUGGUGGGGGCGCCUGGGUGGCUCAACUGGUUAAGCAUUCAGUUAUGGCUCAGGUCAUGAUCUCGAAUUUUGUGUGUUUGAGCCCUGCGUUGGGCUCUGUGCUGACAGCUCAGAGCCUGGAGCCUGCUUUGGAUUCUGUGUCUGCCAUUCUCUCUCUGCCCCUCCCUUGCUCAUUUGCGUGCGCUCUCUCUCAAAAAUAAAUAAAGAUAAAAAAAAAAAAAGCCAUUGCAAGGCUUGCAUUACUAUUAAGGUAAGCUUGAAACUGGAACAGUUUUUGUGUCAAUGUUCGGUUUUAGUGUCUACACCUAAUUUUAUUGGGGUAGAAGCUAGAAAUGCUCGUGUUCUAGAAAUUAGAUGUUAUAUGUUAAAGUAGCAAAAUGUCAUUGAGGAAAUAAGAUUGAUUAUUUUGAUAAUAGAUAAAAGGAAUAGGAAACUGCUCUUCAAGUUAGGGUAGGAAAUCGAUAUGGGUUUAAUUUGUAGUCAGUUAACAAGUUUUAGGGUUUCUCUCAUAGACCCUUCCAAGUCCCUGAGAGGAUCCCAAGCAAUGUGUUUACAUAGCUAUAUUUUGGGGGGGUAAAAUUGUCAAAAGUUAGAUAUUUUAACCAGUUAAAUUGCUAUUUAUUUUCACUUUGACUUACUGAGUGGUUAGAGGCAUUUCUGGGAUCUGGUUAUAGGGAAGUAUAGUAUGGGAUAUGUUUAGAUGGAGUACAUGGUUUGCAGUUAUUUCUGCAUAUUGUUAAGUUCUUACUAGCUGUUCUGGCAUAGGUAUGACUCCCAGUAAUAUUCUUAUUGUCCACUGUGCUGAUGGCUUUGUGAUAUAUAGAUGCAAGGGCAGAGGUCUUAAAGCAAUCUAAACAUGUUCCUUGAGUCUGGUAGGAGAAAGAGGAAGGGAAAUAUCGUUUAAAUAUAUGGACUCAGAAGCUAGUCUGGAAAUUUUUUCUAAAUCUUAGAAUUCAUAUAUGAAAGAAACUUACUAGGAGUUUUCCUGAAUCUGACAACAAUGUUAACAGUGUUUAUGACUUUAUCAGUAACAACUUGUAAAACUGAUAAAAACUUUUCUAAACUAUCAAGAAUAAAACCUGAAUCAAACACACUAGCAGAAAGACUGAGUUACCUUUUUGUUUUCUUAAUAUUAUAAAACUUUUAUAUGAAAAGGAAAUCAAAAGUAUGCAGUCAGAAAUGUAUGAAUAUAAGAGCAUAUAGAGGUUGGUUAAAUAAUUGAUAAAAAUAUGCCAAUCUUGGGAUGCCUGGUUGGCUCAGUCAGUUAAGCAUCUGACUCUUGAUUUUGGCUCAGGUUGUGAUGUCACAGUUCAUGAGAUUGAGCCUUGCAUCAGACUCUGCGCUGACAGUGCAGAGUCUGCUUGGGAUUUUCUCUCUCCCUCUCUUUGCCUCUCUCUCUCUCUCUCUCAAAAUAAAUCAAAUAAACAUUAAAAAAUGCCAGUCUUUCUUGAAUUUAUGAUGUUUGUGGUAUUUUGUUACCUUUUAAAAAUUUGUAAUUUAUAUUUGCAAACUGAAUCUAACAAUACAUUGAAAGAAUUAUCACCACAAUCAAGUGGGAUUUAUUCCUGGGCCGCAGGGGUGGUUCAAUAUCCAAAAAUCAAUGUGACUUAUCACAUUAAUAAAAGAAAGGAUAAGAGCCACAUGAUCCUCUCAAUUAGAUGUAGAAAAAGCAUUUGACAAAAUACAGCAUGAUUUCUUGAUAAAAAUUCUUGAGAAAGUAGAGAUAGAAGGAACAUACCUCAAGAUCAUAGAGGCCAUAUAUGAAAGACCCAGAGCUAAUAUCCUCAAUGGGGAAAAACUGAGACCUUUCCCCCUAAGAUCAGGAACAUGGCAAAGAUGUCCACUCUCACCACUGUUGCUCAACGUAGUAUUGGAAGUCCUAGCCUCAGCAUUCAGACAACAGAAAGGAAUAGAAGGCAUCCGAAUUAUCAAGGAAGAAGUCAAACUUUCACUCUUUUCAGGCAACAUGAUACUCUACGUGGAAAACGCAAAAGACUCCAACAAAAAACUACUAAAACUGAUACAUGAAUUCAUCAAAGUCACAACAUAUAAAAUCAACAUACAGAAAUCAGUUGCAUUUCUAUACACCAAUAAUGAAGCAGCAGAGAAAUCAAGGAAUUGAUCCCACUUACAAUCAUAGUGGAAACCAUAAGAUACCCAGGAAUAAACCUAACCAAAGAGGUAAAAGAUCUGUAUGCUGAAAACUAUAGAAAGCUUAUGAAAGAAAUGGAAGAAGACACAAAGAAAUGGAAAAACAUUCCAUACUCAUGGAUUGGAAGAACAAAUAUUGUUAAAAUGUCAAUACUACCCAAAGCAAUCUACAUAUUCAAUGCAAUCCCUAUCAAAAUAACACCAGCAUUCCUCACAGAACUAGAACAAACAUUUCUAAAAUUUGUAUGGAACCAGAAAAAAACCCUGAGUAGCCAAGUAAUGUUGAAAAAGAAAACCAAAACUGGAGGCAUCACAAUUCGGGACUUCAGGCUGUAUUACAAAGCUGUAAUGAUCAAGACAGUAUGGUACUGGCAGAAAAACAGGUACAUAGAUCAAUAGAACAGAUUAGAGAACCCAGAAAUGGACCCACAAAUAUCUGGCCAACUAAUCUUCAACAAAGCAGGAAAGAAUAUCCAAUGGAAAAAAGACAGUCUCUUCAGCACAUGGUGUUGGGAAAACUGGACAGCGACAUGCAGAAGAAUGAACCUGGACCACUUUAUUACACCAUACACAAAAAUAAACUCAAAAUGGAUGAGAGGCCUAAAUGUAAGACAGGAAACCAUCAAAUCCUGGAGGAAAAAGCAGGCAAUAACCUCUUUGACCUCGGCUGCAGCAACUUCUUGACAUGUCUCCAGAGGCAGAGGAAACAAAAGCAAGAAUGAACUAUUAGGACCUCAUCAAUAUAAAAGGCUACUGCACAGCAAAGGAAACAGUCAACAAAACUAAAAGACAACCAAUGGAAUGGGAGAAGAUGUUUGCAAAUGACGUAUCAGAUAAAGGGUUAGUAUCCAAAAUCUAUAAACUUAUCAAACUCAGCACCCUAAAACAAAUAAUCCAGCAAAGAAAUGGGCAGAAGACAUGAACAGACAUUUUUCCAAAGAAGACAUCCAGGUGGCUAACAGACACAAGGAAAGAUGCUCAACAUCAUUCAUCAUCUGGGAAAUACAAAUCAAAACCACAAUGAGAUACCACCUCACACCCAUCAGAAUGGCUAAAAUUAACAACUCAGGCAACAAUAGAUGUUGGCGAGGAUGCCAACGUUGGCGAGGAUGUUGGUGAGAAAGGGGAACCCUUUUGCACUGUUGUUGGGAAUGCAAACUGGCGCAGCCACUCUGGAAAACAGUAUGGAGCUUCCUCGAGAAAUUAAAAAUAGAACUAUCCUAUGACCCAGCAAUUGCCCUACUAGGUAUUUAUCCAAAGAAUACAAAAAUGCUGAUUCAGAGAGGCACAUGUACCCCAGUGUUUAUAGCAGUGCUAUCAGCAAUAGCCAAAGUGUGGGAACAGCCCAAAUGUCCAUCAAUUGAUGAAUGGAUAAAGACGAUGUGGUAUAUAUAUACAAUGGAAUAUUACUUGAUGAUCAAAAUGACUUAAAUCCUACUGUUUGCAACAAAAUGGAUGGAACUAGAGUGUAUUAUGCUAAGAGAAAUAAAUCCACGAAAGUUAAAUAUUGUAUGAUUUACUCGUGGAAUUUAAGAAACAAAACAGAUGAACCUAGGGGAAGGGAAGGAAAAAUAAAAUAAAAACAGAGAGAGGCAAACCAUAGGAGACUUUUAAAUACAGAGAACAAAUCGAGGGUUGCUGGUGGGUUGUUGGGUGAGAGGAUGGGCUGAAUGGGUGAUGGGCAUUAAAGAGGGCACUUGUUGGGAUGAGCACUGAAUGUUAUAUGUAAGUAGUGAAUCACUAAAUUCUACUCCUGAAACCUUUAUUACACUAUAUGUUAACUAACUUGGAUCUAAAUAGAAUAAAAAAAAAUUAAAUAGAAAUUUGUAAUUUAACGAGGCUUAUUUUCAUAUUUUAAAUACAUAUUUCACAUCUAAUUUGUGUCCUUUUCCUUAAAAAGAGUUCCCCAAGUUGUAGAAGUUACUGGUCCAUAAAACCUGGAUCCACUCCUCAAAGGAAACACAAGCUAAGAUUUAUUUUGUGGGGGCACCUUGGUGGCUCAAAGUCAGUUAAGCAUCUUACUCUUGAUAUUGGCUCAGGUCAUGAUCUCACAGUUUGUGAGAUUGAGACCUGCAUAGAGUUUUGCACUGGUAGUGCAGAGCCUGCUUGGGAUUCUCUCUCCCCUCUCUUUCUCUGCCCCUCCCCUGUUCAUGCAACCUCUCUCUCUGUCUGUCUCUCUUUCUGUCUCAAAAUAAGAUUUGUUUUGUGUAAGUGUUGAAAUAGAUACUUCAAGUGACAGUUAAGGGAGUCCCAUGUUUUAGUAUUAUGAUGGAUAAUAAAGGUAAAAAUUUUGAAAGAUUUGGGGUAGAAUGGAAUGUAGCUGUUUAAACAUCUACAGUGGGUUAGAGUGAUAAUAUCUUCCCUUAAGUUUUGUCAGAUUUUUCUAGUACAUGGCUAUGGCAGCUUUGAUGAUAUUUUCUUCAUUAAUGUUUUUCAGAAAUUAGAAUGGGGGAGAUUUGAUGAGGGGAAAGAAGGCCUUUACUGUGUGCCAGCUAAUGAAAACAGACAGAAUCACUCCCUGUUGUAUAAUAAAGAAUUUGGUUUUUACCCUGGGUUCCUGGUACAGAGCAACUAAAACCCAUGGAAUAUCCCAAGUGACAGAGUGUCUUUGUUAUUUAUGAGCUACUAGGAUCGCUGUGCUAUCACUGUCAUUAUUCUAAUGAAGUGACUCAUGGUGGGCCCCUAGCUCACUUCUGGAGGGGGGCUGAUCAACCAGGAAGAUCAAAUCAUGUGAUUAUUUAGAGGGUUUGGACUUAGAGCUAGCCCACCUCUGGGAAGGGGGUUUGGAGAUUGAAUUCAUUCAUGUGGCCAAUGAUCCAAUCAUUGUAAUGACAUCCCAGUAAAAACUCUGGACAGUGAAGCUCAGUGAAACUUCCUUCUUAAUGAACAAAAUACUUUGCAGAAAUGUGUUGCGCUCUGAUUCCAUGAGGCGAGGGCAUGGAAGGUCUGUGUUUGGGACUCUUCUAGACCUCGCCUUAUUUGUCUCUUCAUUUGGUUGUUCUUGAGUUGUAUUAUUUACAAUAAAACUGUAAUUGUAAAUACAAUUGACCCAUGAACAAUAUGAGGAUUUAGGGGUGCCGAUUGCCCAUGCAAUUUAAAAUCCAUAUAUAACUUUUGAUUACCCCAAAACUUAACUACUAAUAGCCAACUAUUGUUGAUUUACACAUAUUUUGUAUGCUAUACGUAAUAUAUACUAUAUUCUUACAAUAAAGUAAGCCAGAGAAAAGAAAAUGCUGUUAAAACUAUAUGGAGGAGAAAAUACAGUACUGUAAAAAAUCUACUUGUAAGUGGACCUGCACAAUUCAAACCUGUGUUUUCAAAGGUCAAACUGUAUAGCACUUUCCUCAGUUAUGUGAGUCAUUCUAGUAAAUUAUUGAACCUGUGGGAGGGUAAUAGAAAACUCCAAAUUUGUAUGUAGUCAGAAGUGUGGGUGGUCUGAUGUGAGGGAAACAUGCUGUGAACUGUGUCCAUUAACUUGUGGGAUCUGUGCUAACUCUGGGUGAUUAGUACCAGAAUUGAAUUGCAGUACACUAGUUGAGGUUGAAAGAGAAUACCUACAGGAAGACAGAUUCUAAAAUUAAUUGCCAAAAUACUGAAUCCAAUUUAGGACUUGGUAGUGUGUAGCACUAAACAAAAUACAUGAAAAAAUUUCAUAUGAAGAUGUUCAACUUCAUUCAUAGAAGGUAGAACAUUUUAAUUUUUGGCCUCUACUGUGUUCCAGUGUUUCAUUGUCAUGUUAAUUCACAUGUUGUAUCAAUUAGGAUUGAAUUUGCAUAUGAGAAAGUCCAAAAUUACAGCAACAGAAGCAAGAUAGAAUUUAAUUUUUCUUUCAUGUAAUAGAAGUCUAAGUUGGUAGCCCAGGUUGGCUUGACAGCUUUACAGUCAACAGGAACUGAAGCCCUAUCUUUACUAUGCUGGCUUCCAUUUUUAGGGUCCUCUUAUAGUGACUAUUACUUUAAGACAUGUUAGGUCUUAUACUAGGUCUUGUCCUUAGUCUAUAAAACAGACCCAGUCCCCAACCUCAUGGAGUUUUUAAUGUGUGAAGAAGCAUCCUGUAAAACAAUGUGUAGUAGGCUUCAAAUAGUAGCUUCUCCUUGGGAAGGAUAGAGGUGAUUUCCGAAUAGGAUAGAUUAGUAGCAAAAAUAACAAUUAUGAUGAUAUAAUCAGAAAACUGUGAGUGAAUCUGUUAACCUUAGAAAUAAAACUGCCAGUUAUUUUAUCAGCAAAAGUGGGUUUGUUUGGGAAUAGUAGAGAAUUGCAAUUAGGGACAAGCAAGCUGUGGCAAAACCAUAGACAAGUCCAGCAAAUAAAGAAAGUUAUGCUCUUUUAUAGGGGAAAGUGGAAAUUAGGAAGACUUUUAUAAACAAAAAAUCCAUUGGAGUAAAGGGGGAGUUCGAGUACAGUGACUUUCAUUGGGUGAGUUGUGACAGUCUCUCAUUGGCUAGGCUGUUGCCUGGGGACGAGGAGAACCUUUCUUCCUCCUGCUGAGUUAGUAAAGCAGUAGCUAAAAUAGUAUGGAUUUGCAAGAUUCAUCUCUUCUGCUGGGUCUGCAUUUGACCACCAGUGGUAGGGUGCUCCCCAUCUGUACUCCUGGUCCAUUUUAAUGAGGUUUCUCUUUGUGAAUUUUUACAAAAUAAGUGGUAAGAUAAUCAUAUAGUAUGCUAAAGGAAAUAAUAAAAGAAUCUGUAUAAGAUACAGAGGUAGGUGCGCCUGGGUGGCUUAGUUGGUUAAGUGUCUGGCUCUUGAUUUCGGCUCAGGUUAUGAUCUCACAAGGUUUGUGGGUUUGAGCCCUGCAUUGGGUUCCCACAAACCACGCCCCCCAACCACCCAACCGCACCACCCCUGCUCCACAACAGCUCAGAGCCUGCUUGGGAUUUUCUCUCCCUCUCUCUCUGCCCUUUCCCUGAUUGCACUCUCUCCCUCUCUCAAAAUAGAUAAUAAAAUAAACUUUUAAAAAACCUUAAUAAAAAAAAAAGAUACAGAGCUAGAGGUAAUGAUUAACUUCCAGUAGUAUCAGUAUUGAAAAUCAACAGGAUAGUCUUUCAAAUGAGUUGAAAACCCCUAUCUGGUUUCCCUCUGAGCCUCCUUUUUAUUCACACUUUAGUUUUCUGGUUAGCCCCAGAAUUUCUUGGUUGUGUCCUGACUUCAGUGCUUACAUAAUUUUCUCUCUGGAAGUUUUUGCUCUCCACAAGAAGCUAACUUUGGUUUGCUUUGAAAAUUCAAGAUUCCUUAAAAGGUUAUCUGAGAGCCUUCUUGAUCUCCAUCAUGCUAAUCUUUCUGUUGCUCACAUUAGUUCUUUUUGCACUUUACUGAAAUUAUUUUUGGUUUGCCAUUUCCUUUAAAUUGUAUAUUAUUUGAAGAUAGAAACUGUGUUUUAAUUCUUUCAGCGCUACUGAAAAUAAAAUAUUUACAUGAAAAAAUUUUUUUUGUGUAGUGUGCUUAACUGCAUAUGUGUUGUGAGAUUGUUGAGUGUAAUGGUCAAGAAAGAAUUCUUGAGACAUUUUAUGGUGCAACUUAGUAAGUUUAUUUAAGUAGCAUGGGGUCAGGACCUGUGGGCAGAAAGGGCUGCACUUUUGGUGUAUGAAGCUGGUGUUAUAUGCUUAGUGCUCAGGGGGGCUGGGGACAUGCAAGGAGUAUUAGAUCAUAAAUGUUUUCUUUGAGUUUCUACUUGUAAAACUACUUUCACAAGAUUUUUCUGGUGUUUAUUAUUCAGUUUGAUAUUAACUGUUGGUGAGAUAUACAGGCAGUCAUGAGACCCUUUCAGAAUGUAGCAACCAGUGGGUGGUGCUGCCCUCCUGCCCCACAGCCACCUGCUGCUUGGCCACAUCCACACCUGCGCAGUGCUCAGAAUGGCUGGCAAAGCGCAGAGGCUAAGUGAUGAGGAGAGGAACCAGCUGCUGCCAAACCUGAGAGCUCUAGGGUGGAAUGAGCUGGAAGGCAGAGAUGCUAUCUUCAAGCAGUUCCAUUUCAAAGACUUCAUUUGGGCCUUUGGCUUCAUGAUGAGGGUGGCCCUGCAGGCUCAGAAACUAGACCACCAUCCCGAAUGGUUUAACAUGUACAGUAAGGCCCACAUCACCCUGAGCACCCGUGAAUGUGCAGGCCUUUUAGAAUGGGACAUAAACCUGGCCAGCUUCAUUAAACAAUUAGCAGUGUCCAUGACAUAGGCCCUGCCCUUCUUCUUUGAAAUCUUUGGGGGAAGUGGAGGGACUGAUUUGGGAAUCCAGGGAGGGAACUGGGGAGCCCUGAGAUGUUCUACAGCCAGAAUUGCCAAGUGGACUCCGCUGCCUCCGUUUAGGGGAGAGUCCUUGCUGUGGUAAGAGGAGAUGCCAGCCUCACUGCUGACCACUCUUUAUCCCCAGCGCUCUGGCACAUGUAUGCUAAGCGAGUACUAUCUUCCCCUUCUGUGGGACUUCCCAACAACAGUAAUGGUCUUCUUGCCAGGCUGUGUCUUGCUCCUUUUCUAAUUCAUUUCCCAAGAAGCUGUGUCUAAGAUGCACAGUCUUAUCUUAGAAACCAGGACCCUAAAGUCAACCCCCUGGUAUGUGACAGAAACACGUGUGCUUUUAUGUCUCAAAUAAAACUAUUGUUUCAAUUGG